AUGUACCAUAUUUCUACCAUGAUGUUCUUCUCGAGCCGUCAUAAGCUCUCUUCUCAUGAUUCCUUGCUACUUCUUUUCCUACUGUCAUCCGUCUUCCCCUCUGCUCCAUACGUUACGUUGAGCAGAGAGGGGUAUUCCAUCGAGGAAGAAUUUCUGGCUCAAGCUGGUGUCCGCAUAGAAAAGAACUUCGAGAUUUAUGGUCUUGCUGUGAGCACACCCGUUGGAUCACUCAGAUGCAACCCCUCUCGUAAGGGAGCCAUUCGCUGGGGAACCCCGCCGGUAUCAGGCCAGCAGCCUGCCUUCGAGGCCUGCGACGGGGUGAACGACUGGAGGCCCCUGAUCUUCUGCGACCUGGGAUGCAAUCUGAACCUCGACAGUGUCCCGUGUGGAAUCCCAGUACUGAACCGAUGCGACAGGUCUUGUCACCAGACAGGACAGGGUCUCAAUGUCAGGCAGUGCAUCCUCAAUGUCGCUACUACUCAGUGCAAUCAUCCUGUGAUGGAUCAGUGUGGUAACCCUUGCGGGAUGUCGGGUCAAAUGAGCUGCCAACGAUCUCAAGAUGCCACCACGGUUGGAGCCAUGACCAUCAAGUCCCUCGAGGGCGCGACGAGUAUGCGGACAUCGUACAGGUUCAGUGUUGGGGCAUUGAGCGACUCGUUGGACACUGCUGAAAGUGAUCCUGCUCUCCAAAUCGCACAUCUUUAUGACGAUGCGACGCAAAAUGGAACGGAACAUUUCGUGAGAAUCAGAUACUUGAAUGAAACAGGAACGGAGGGCGUCGACAUCACCGCUCCAGACACAAACAUCUCACACCUAGUCCAAAUCAGCAUGCAAAGCGAGCUUACGGGUGGCUAUGUGCAAGUUGGACAUGGUGGAGAUGGAACUCCCUUUUCAAACCUGUCGCAAGCCACCCAUAUAUUCAUUGAUGGAAUCGUAGGCAACUCUCAUGUCGGCUGGAUGCCAAGAGAGCAAGGCUCCCAUACUCAAGAUGACGACGCAGAACUCAUGUACAUACAACAAAAAUCCGAUUCAUUUGAUGCAUACUACAAUGCAGCAAAACAAUACUUGAACGAACAGAAUGUUGCGCAAACUCAGCGCGAGGGGAUCUUUGAAUCGAGCAAUGGACCCACGGGAGUCCAAGUGAACGAACGCUUGUUUGUGGGCGGAGAAUACUCGACCCAGCCUCACCAGGUCGUCUGGAAUGGAUUCAGGCUGGUUGAGCAACAUUCAGAAUCAGAAUGGGGAUACCGCGAAUGUCCGUUCUUGUUCAAUGCCGGUCGACCUCGUGACUUGGAUACACAAACAAACCUGACAAAGCACUCUGUCGGCAACUUUGUAAGAGUUUGCCUGGACUCUCCAACUAGAAAUCAUGAAAUUUCACUUCCAAACGCCAUUCCCGAUCCUCUCACCAGUCCUUCAAGACAAGUAGCCUAUGGCACUCACUUCGAAACAUUAUUGCCCGACAGGCAAGGAAACCAAGCAUGGUCUAGAUCCAAGAGCUUUCAGAAUGUCUCAUGGCAGCCUACGCUAUCAGGAGUCAUCAUAACAAGCGGGAAUCUACAAGAUUUGGCUUCAUUGCCUGGACUCAAAUCAGAAUCAGCUUUCAUCUACAAAUCAAGUUUGAACUUUACCAUGCCGCUUGGAUUUUUCUUUACACCAGCAAGAGUGACUUGUUGUAGAGACAACAAUGGAACUUUGACUUGCUCCUUCAACUGCUCUGAAUACCGGCACCAAUGGAGUGCAGCUUCAGGCACGUCCAUGCCUCUCUUGAAGGACUCUGUGAAUGUGCCCUCCUGGUGGAAUGGUCCUCUUCUCAGGUUAGAUGGCUCCAUGGCAUCGUCUCUGGUCCCGCAGAAUCUUUCAGGAUACACGAACAACAACCUGGAGCUAGAAGUGGGGGCUCAGGUUAUCAUCGAUCCCUCGGUUGGCUUUCCACAAUACAGCAACAAGACCGGUAUUGUCACGUCCAUCAUAUUUGCCAACAAUCGUAUCAUCACUGUAAUGUUAGAAAACGAAACUCUCGUCCUAAAUCAAAAAGAUGUGCAUGUCUUGAAAAAUGCUUCUAAUCUCUUCUCUUACAUUGUUGGAUCCAAUGUUCUUGUCAAUGGUGUACCAUCAGACUGCACUAUUUUCAACUUCUCCAGCAACUUUUUCGAUUAUUUCAGAAUUUAUUAUGAUGUAUCUGGUUGGGAAGACAUGGUCCUACGGCAAGCAGACCUGAUUGAGAUGCUUUACGUCAGAAGGGAGCUUCCAACGAUUGUCGAUCUGACAGGAAUCGGAUAUGUCACUCUGAUUGAAACAUACAGUAGUGAUUCAAUCAACUUGUCGGCCCCCUUGACCAGCCAAAUGCAGGAGGCUGUUGAUUCGGCAGAAAGAGUCAGAAAGGCCAUCGGAUGGAGGAGGUUCUACCAGAACACUUCCAUGGGCACCCUCAAAUUGUUGACGGGAGCGAAAACUUCCAAUGCAAGCGGCUUUUACCACAUGACAGAGAUGCAAAUGCACGGAAGACCUGUCUUUCGGCAACAGAAUGGCCCAAAUUUUCUGUACUAUAACAAGGAAGCAUACUCGUCCGUGCUGUACUGGGCGGUUGGCUCGAGCAUGAAUUCGUACAACAUCAAUCUGAAAACAAUUUCAGAUGCCCUUGUCCCCAACGAUAUCGAUACAGCAUGGGAAGAAUGGUCGGAGGACUUUCCUGUCGGAUACAACCUAAAUCAUGACAUCAUCAUUCAGGACGUCCCGUCCAACGUCACACAGACGGAGUUCGCCUUGUUGUGGAUGAACAUGAUGGGUGUGCAUGUAGAUCAGCGAGAAUUGCUCGCAACAGCAAACGACUUCGAAAACCGAUUCCAAUUGGGGCCAGUAACGGAUGCAGAGAGAUGUUUCAGAUGUUGUUGUAAGAAUGGUGCAGACGUGUGCAACGUGGUGCCUUCGCUGGCUCUCCCUUCAGACACAGACCCAUCAAAGGCCUGCGACUACACAGAUACCUACAACACACAGUCUGGCUCGUACAUUUGCUACAACAAAACGUUGCUGUCAAAGCGAAAUGCCUCGAUGAGAAUCGUGUUCGAUACUCCGCAAGCAGAUCGGUACCUUCAGUAUCCCGCUGCUUCUGGGAAGGUUAUCACGACCGGCAAUCUGGAAGACAUAACAGCUAUUGGUAUUCAGGGAGCUCCUUUGCUGGGUUACUCGCGCCUGAACCGAGGAACCAAGGAAACAGUCGUGCACCUCAAGUUUGGCAAGAAUCAUCCGAGCCUCUGGCCUCCAAGUCACGACGUCUGUUUGAGCAUAGGUUGCUCAGCCGACAACAAUGUCAAUGUCAACACCCCUGAGAUGCUCUUGGGCUGUCACUGCUCCCCGGACAUCCAGGCCCUGAACGGCUCGCUGUGGGACUCCCCUCAAGUACGCGCUGACCUCUCCCCAAGGAAGGGCACGCCUACUCCUCCGAAGCUCAGGAACUCGCUGCGUGUGCCGGUGCAGGAUGGUAUCCUUCUGACGACAGGGAACCUGGAGGACGUCUUGCUGGAGUAUGGACAGGCUACCGGACUGCAAGUCAACAGCAACCUACAGGUUUACGGGUGGCUUCAGUUCGGAUCAGGCUCGCACGCGGGGGAAUGCAAUUGGACGGAUUGCAACGAUAAAGACCACUUGCUCAACUCUGGAUUCCAGUUGAGGUCCAACGACUUCCUCCUGGGAUGGAACACAAGCUUAAAAUCGCAGUGCUCCAACCUCAUCACAGAGCCACUCCAGUCUCUGCAGAACUUGAACCUCACAAGUCUUGACUCCAAGUGCUACAAGUCCGACUUCGGAACUUUUUGCUUGAACUUGACGGUCUCCAAUUUGUCCCAGUGCUUUCGAUCAUGCAAGGAUCAGAGCUGUUCCUUGAUCUGGGCUUCUCGUUUCAACCUGGUUUCGUUGUCGAGCGGCGGCUUCUUGAUUCCUUCAUAUUCCACCUCUCAAGCUCUGCCUCCCUCUGACGGAUCGCUUCACUUCAACAGAUGGAAAAUGUUCAGGACGGGAUGUUCAGUAAGUGACAGUCGAGAUUCUCACCUGAAUGGCACUCUGCUACCCGGCUGUCUAGCAUUCUUUCAGAGUUAUGGUCAAAGGAAUUAUCUUGCGGGGGGGCCUGAUCUUAUUCCACUUAUCCUUGAAAUGUAUCAGAAGCAGCUUGAUGCUUUGCAAAUCUUGAUCGAUGUGAAUUGCAACGCCAACUUAACCACUGCUGAUUGCUCCAACUACACAAACCAGUCCCUUGAGGUGAGGAGCUUGGCAAACUUGAACACCUUUGCUUAUGGUAGUCCCAAUGUAUACGACGUGAACCCACACUUGUGGUCCAUUGCAAAAUCAGAAUCGGCAUCGGUGAAUGGAUUUUCCCUUCAGCACCAGGGAGUUUGCGCAGAGCUACAUGAAAAUGAAACAAAAACACUGUCUUGCGGAGUUGGAGGAGAAAUUACAGAAUUUUCAUACGCAAGGAUGGGCAAUACUGGAGGCCUCUGCGGCGAGUAUACUGCUCACCCGUGCGAUGUUGAUCUUGCCCCAUGGCUGGCUGGGACGCGCAAGACGACGGACGGGAAUUUCAUCUCCUGCAUUGGCAAGACCUCGUGCUCCAUCUCUGCCAGACGAGCCCUGUACUCGCUGGACUCAAACCUGUGGAAGACUUGUCCUUCCAAGACUUUAUGGAUGAAUGUGCAGGUCAAGUGCAGGCAGAAGCCCUUUCUUGCCUUCUCCGACAACCAGCUCUACGUGGUCAACCAGACUCAAAGCAGGAUCCUAGCGCAGCAGGUCUUUGACUUCGGGUUUGAUACAGACUUGGAAUGCUCGCGAGUGCGGUCAUCGCCGUAUCGGGUGAAUUUUCAGAUGUGUGGAGCGAAUUAUAGCAGAGACACGGACUCUUACAUCUUCGCUUCCCACAAAUCUGAUCUCACGUUCUUGUUGUCGUCGGGAACAGAUGGCAAUAAGACAAUCUUGCAGUUUGAAGCUCUUGCCAAGUCUGACUCCAAACAGUCAGAAAACAAUGUGCUUUUCCCUUCAACCAACGGCAUCAUCAUUACAACCGGCAACCUGCAAGACAUCACGGCAGAGUCAGGACCACUUCACAGCUUGAGUGUAAGCCAGCUCUCCUACUUCAGGCGAGGCUUGACUGUCGGGUAUCUUGAGCCCUCGACAAGUUACUCGAGCCUGCUGGAUGAAAACGUUCAAGACUCUUGGUGGUCACAGGGAACAUCCUUGGGGAAGAGUGAGGGAGGUUCCAAGUGGCUGUGGAACAACGGCCCUUGGUUCACCAUGUUCGACACGCGGACUGGGCCCGGAGAGAGCUCAUUGCCUCGAGGCAUGCUGUUCAACACUUCCGACAGUGAUUCCCGGGUCUCCUUCCUGACCCGCGCUGGAUCGGUCGCACAGAUCGAAUUCCCGAUGGUUUGGGGAACUCAGAGUUACAACAUAUCGCACACCUACAGCAACAUCACAGGGAGGUCUUACUCCCUCCACCCGUGCGACGGCAGUAUGCCCUUCGCAUGCAACAGCACCAUCAUCACCACCGGCAACAUUCGUGACGUCAAGAACUUCACGGGGCAGGUUGUCAACGUGAGCAGUGAGACCCGUCUCUUCGGUGAAGUUCUUGUCGGGGGGGGGCUCAACAUGGCGCCGUUCGCCAACGUGUACAGGCCCCCCCCUGGGGUUUACGGUCAAGCAGACGGCUCCAAGUGGUCGACGUACAACAGCCAGUGGGAGGCAGCGACGGUGACUUCUCUCGACUGCUCCUCGGGUGGACUCUGUGGCAUGAAGCCUGUGCUGCUUCAAGGAUCUGUUCCUGACUCGCUCACCUAUAGAAACGUCCCGGACAUGUUUCGCCCGGGUCUUCCCUUGACCUGGAGCGAUCACUCGAAUUCAAUUUGUUACCUGCCUGGCAGUGUUAUUUCCAACACCAUGAGCGUUCAGUUUGACCCCUCCUAUCCCAACGUCAUCCGCAGGAAAGGAACUGUUCGAGAAGCUUCAGUCAAGAUCGUUAGGAUGCAAGCACUGUCUCUACUAGUCUGCAAGCAGGCGUGCGAAAGGGAGCCGGAGUGCGGGAUCCUGACGUAUCGAGUGACGGAUGUGAAUGGAUCUGUUUCCUGCAUCCUAGCAUAUUCUCCUGCAGAUGCCUGUAGACUGCAAGGAAAGCCCUCAAGCUUAGAUAGCUCGCUGUUGCUCUACUUGCGAAACUACAGCAUCAGUUUUGGGAUAGGGAAUAUCUCAUCCAAUGUUUCUCAACUGAUGCCUGGGAAACGAUCAGGUACCGUGAUCACGUCUGGCAAUCUUGUGGAUGUUCAAGGGUUUCCGGGAAUACAGAAUGUAGCUCCAAACGGAGACAUCAUGAUUCAUCAUCAGUCUGCCUACGAGUGCUUGACACUCGAUGGAAGCCUGAGCAGAUGCCUCGAAGACUCGGGCCUCAACAGGUGCAUGAAGAAACAUUUCGCCAAUUAUCCACCGAGCAACUGUGACUUCAGCAACUUCAACUGGGCGAGCGGGUCGAGCCUUUGGACAGCCUUGGGCUUCACCGUAUCAGGUUACACGUGCAGAGCUCAAUUCUCAAACGUUGGCACCUUCAUUCAAGGCCUUGAUUACCUCAUGGACCCGUUCAAGGCGAGUAACUACACCUUCACGGUUGACACGAAAUGCUCCGUCACCAGCUGCAUCGGCUGCCGCCUGUAUGUGCAGGAAGGCGGCCUUCCUGACUACUACCUCCCGAACACGCAAACGCUUGCGCAUGUUCCUCCAGCAGACGUCAUGAAUCGGAGGAUCACAUUCCCUGACGCGACGGGAACCGUAAUCACGAGCGGCAACAUCGACGACAUCGUUUUCAGGAAGAUGAGACUGCGGAACCUGUACCUGGAUGGAAUGAUCUACAUGGGUAUCAAGGACACCCUGACCCCUGCUCAGCUGCAGACGAAGUCAUCCGUCAAGAUCAGAUUGAGCGACAAGUUCAGGUUCGUCGGAAGCAUGAACAUGCUCGCAGGGUCCAACUUCCGUGACUCAACCAAGAACGAUGGGACCACUGGCUUGAUGCCCGCGUAUCAGUCCCCCUACGAGCUCCCGAUCAAGCCUUCCGGUCAGAUCACUGGGAUCAUCGACUACGAGAUUCAGCGAAUCUCCAUGUGCGUCAUCAUUGACAGGGUCUCCAACAAGCAGACCCGAGGAGGCAACCAGUCCCUUUGGAUGCAGAAUGUCUUGAUCAGUGAUUGUCCCACUGGCGUGUCUUGUCCAUCGAGCAACCAAGAAUGCGUUAGCUCCUACGUCUGUCUCACAGGACCUUACAUGGGGCAGCCUUGCGACGUGGACGCGAGGUGCUGUCCAGCAGAUCAGAUCAUGAAGUGUGAGCACAGGAGGGAGCAGCCGUCAGGCAUUCAUCUCCAGCUCUACAACACGAAGUGCGUCGCUGCUUGUGACUUCGAGCUCUUUCAGCCGCAAGACGAGUGGGUCAACAUCAAGGAUCUUGUUGGUCAAGACAAGCAGGGACUCAUUACAACGACCAUCGGCUACGAGACCAUCACGAACAACAACACCAUCCUCUUCCCCGACUGCUCUGGAACCAUCAUAACAACUGGAAACUUGCUCCAACUCCCAAAGAUGGCAUUGCCUUCAGGAUCGUUGUAUGCUGGUGGGCAUGUCGGCUUCGGAGGAGACCUGCAGCUCGGGGACCCCAACGACUUCGUUUCAAAGAUCCACAUGCACGCGUAUCUGGAUGGAGAUGCUGGGAUGGUACUCAGAACGUCCGGCGGCUGCGAGUCUGUCAUCAUCGAAGGAGCAGUGUUUUUCCCAGAGCUCAUGGGGCAAUUCGACCUGCACUCGACGUUCUCGAGGAAACCUGUGUACAAGCACAGAGAGAAACCUGUCUACAUAUUCUACCAGGCCAACAUCCUCGACAGUUCCUACAAGCUUGACACGAAGGACAACCCGAGCGAAGGCAGAUGGUACAUCGGCUACCGCAUCGGCUUCAACGAGAGCGCCAAGAUGGACCGUCCGAUCAAGUUGAGGAUGCGGCACAUGACCUGGAGCCCCGUCGAUGCUGACCUGCUGUUUCCCGGACCUCAGAUCUCAGGAGAAGACCCUGGGAUUUGGGAGGAGUGGGAGCAGAAAGAUUACGGCAAGUGGACCCUCUCGCCGACGGUGCAGGGAAGGUGCGCGAUUCGCAAGAGGACUCAAGAUCAUCUCCGCAUCUCCCCAGCGCGAACGUACAGCAAGGAUGCGGCGAUCCGCUACUACCUCAAUGACCCGGCAGGCGCCAAGGACCUGCCCAUCAACGUGCUGCAGGAGAAGAACAAUGUGGACGCCCCGACAGUGCUGGAGUAUCGAGACCCGCUGAAUGGAACAGAAACCCUCAGCAUCUCCAAGUGCAACGAGCUCGUCAUGCAAGCCGGCUUCGCUCCUGUCUUCCAGUGCUCCCAGCUCCAGAUGUGCGACAUGCAAGGAGACGGGAGGCCCUGGGGGCUCCAGACGUGGGGCAACUACCUGGAGGAUCGUCAACUCCUCCGACCGACUCUGUUGCAAGCUACGCCGGCAUGGGGAGUGCUGAGGAAGAUGCGCAAGUGUAAAGUGCCUGGGCAGUGGAGGCUGCAAGGAGGCGCUCAACUGAACUUGGGAUCGAGUGAUGGCUGGUUGCAGGGACUUGACUUGCACCUGACUGACUUCCAGCCGCUGCCCAGCACCGACGCGUUCGAAGGAAGAUGGUUCCAGCGCGGCUUCAACGGCACCUUUCACGCUAGUUUCGGUCCGACUUGCGAUCUGACGAUGAGGCUGAAUCCUCCCAAGGGAAUCUCUAAUUAUAGCGUCCUCGCAGUCUUCCCCUAUGAGCAAUGCUCUGUGCGAGGAGGCUCCCAGAUUGUCUGUCCGAGUGGAUCAUUUUCUCUCCCCGCAGCCUCCAGCACAGUGAUUCUCUGGAAGUACUUGAACCACAGCAGCUUGAACUCUUCCUACCUCCUCAACACGAUCAAAGGAGCUCCCGUCAGUGAAGUUGCGGAUGUCUCAAACCCCAUCUGCACUGACUUCAUCCCGGGCAACCCAGUGCCGUCGGGCCUUGUUCUUUCUCGAUCUAUUUCCAAUUGUUCGGUCGUGGAGUCAAACAUGCACAUCAGGUUCCUACAGGACCCAUCGAUCGACGAGUUCGUCUCCGCCAUGUUCAAUCCUCUCGACGUGAACGGGUCCAUGUCUGCCACAGCAGCGUCACAGGCUUGGUCUCGCUUCAUGGAGAUUCAGGUCAACGAGAGCAGCAAGUGGGUAGAGGAGAGUUUCUGUUUCAUGGGCCUUGAGCUGCCAGCGCCAACCUCCAUCUCGCACAUCCGAGUCCUGCCCCGGGUCAACUUCGCCGCAGCUCUGGAGGGAUCGAAGGUUCUUGGCCUCUCCAUGUCUAACGGCACAAUGCAAGCGAACCUGACCGAGCUUGCGGUCAUCUCCGACGCCAACUUGGUCGGCUGGACGGAGGUGGCGAACCUCGAGGUCGUUGACCAGCCCUUCCAUGCGGUCCUGGUCCUGGGCUCGUCCCCUCUCGCCUGCUCUUCUUUCGACAAGAUCGAGUUUCACACGGGCAGGAUCAGCACGACCUUCGACUUGAACAAGAACGGAGUGGACAGCUUCUUCGUGGACGACAAGCUCGUAAGGCAACCUCAUAACAACGAGUCCGCCAUGAUCUCCAAGUGCGCAGCUUUGGGUUGGCUCCCCGUCACCCAGUGGAACGACGUGAACGAGAUCUCUCUGAUCUCGAGAAACGGCAAGGUCAUCUCGACCGGGAAUCUCAAGGACGUAUCCUACCAGACAGGACAGGCAAGCAGCGUCAAAGUCACCGACGGCAUGGAGGUAAGCGGCGAUCUUGUGCUGGGAGAGGCGGGCGAGGUCUCGGUAGUCGACCUCCUCGGCGACAUCACCUCCUCCCCGCUAAAGUUUCUCCCCGAAACCUCCGCGACUUCGCGGGUGUUUCACCAGCUGGAGGUCAGGCAGAGCGUGCUCAGCUCCGACCACCUUCUUCGUCUCCCCCGCAGCUCCGGCGCCCUCAUGACCAGCGACUCCCCCACAAUCAACGUGGACGAUCCUCGUGGGGUCGUGCUGGGGCAGGUGACGCUGGAAGGAAGUGCGAGCAUCAUGUCGUCCUCCUUGCAGGUCGGCAGCCUGCCGGAGGGCCCCGAACUGCUCUACGGCAUGUUCGACUCCCCCGGCCCUGCCGCUGCCAACAAGUCGUGGGUGACUCUUGUCUCCGACAUCUCCGGCGACUAUCCCGUGACGCUCGGAGCUCGAGGCGUCGGCUCCUUCGCGACCACCCUGGGGGUCGUGAACCCGGUGGAGGACAACACCCUGACUCUGCCUGAUGCCCACGGCACCGUGCUCAGCAGCGGCUCGCUCCCUCCCUUCUACUCGCAGGUGUUCUCGUCCGAGCCGCUCGUUUUCGAGCAUGCCUCCUUCACCCGAGAUGCCAACAGCUCCAUGGCGUUCGUCAACUUCGGCGAUGACGAGAACGCGGUCAACGUUGAGUUCAACGCCAUCCUGAGCGCGCAGUCCAUCGCCUUCACAGGCGACAAGAUGGACGAGUUCAACUUGAUCUUCGACGUCUCCGACAGCAGCAGCGACAACAUCCUGACGCUCCCCGACACCAGCGGCACCAUCUUGACGACGGGCAACCUGCCGGAAACUGUGACCUUCCUCAAGGUCCUCGGCGAUCUGAAGCUGCACAACGACGCGAACCUACAAGGAGAGAGGAUCCUCUUCGGGGACAGCGAGCUAGGGGACGACCCUCAGUUCGCUCUCUUCCAGAACGUGCAGCUCACGGGCCGCUUCCCCCUCGUCUUCUCAGGGUCGGACGACCAGGUGGGCCAGUCGAGCCUUGCUGGGAGGCCCUCCACUGCCUUCGAGAUGAUUCCCAGCUCCAACCCCAACGUGAUCUCCUUCCCCGACAGCUCCGGCACUGUGAUCACCACCGGCAACAUCCAGUCCUACUGCCUCGUCCCCCACACCGGGCAGUACCACGUGCAUGCUCACAGCCUCAGGGUCUCCGUGAAGGAGGCAGCUGUGCUCGGGAGCUUCACCGAUGGGGACCUGGCGUCGCUCUCCAACUCCUCCGGCUCCUUCGUCUUCCUUGACAGCCCCAGCGCCUCCUCCCCCAACGUGAAGCAGGAUUCGUUCUGGGCUAGAGCGCGCGGAGGGUUUCGAAUGGUCAGUGAUGUUCGCUCCUCGGGAUGGGAGAUAGGUGCUCAGCUGUUCCCCAAGAGCAGCAGCUGGUCUACCUUGUCAGACGCGCGGUCCAAGUGGAAUCGAACUCAGGUCAGCACGGAUCGCGUGCUCAAGACUCUGGUCGAGCGCGUGCCUGUUUUCACCUGGCGCUAUGAGGGGCAGUCGGCGCUUCACAUGGGCCCCAUGGCGCAGGAUGUUCACCAGGCGUUUGCCCUCGGGAGCCACGAGGAUCGCAUUCCCACGGGAGACAUGGACGGCAUCAUGCUCGCAGCAGCUCAAUCAGCCUUCGAGCAAGGAGCGAGACUGGCCAAGGAGAUCGACGAGCUCGAGGAAGAGGUGGAGGAGGCGGAGGCUCGGCUGGCAAGGACACAGCAGGUGUGUGAGGCCAACGAGAAGCUGAUAGAGAGGAACGAGAAGCUGCUGUGGGAGAUGGAGCGAAGCUUGUUGGAUGUGUGA